UUUUGCCGCCUCUUCUUCCUCCUUCUUCUCACUUUGCUUCCCUUCUACUGUCUUGUCAACAUCUGUUCAAUUUCUCUUCCUCUUCAGAGUUUCAAAUUUCUAUCAGUAAAUUUGGAAAACAACAAAAACCCCAUUGACAGAUCAAAGUUGAAAGAUAAACCCACCACUAAAUCCCAUUACUCCAAUAAAAGACCAUGUCCCCUGUCACUUGCAGUUGCUGCGCCAGUUAAAUUAAACCCCCUUUUCUCUCUCGAGCCCUAGAAAUUUUCAAAUUUGAUUUUGGGUUUGUGGUGGAUUAACCCCACGAGGUGGGAUUCUGAGGUUUUAUCAGUAAUGGGUGAAGAUAAUUCGGACCCAGUUGAGGGAGGCGACGAUGGAGCUUGUUGAAUCAAACCCAGUUCCCAAUUCUCAUGCAUUGCUUCCAUGGGGAAGACUGAGGAAGAGCAGCCGCUGCCGGUUGGGUUGAGCUCCUCCGAGCUCUCUGAUGGGAAUGUGGGAAGCCGGUGCGGCGCUGGGAUUCGUAGACUGAUUGCGGUGAGAUGUGUCUUCUUCCUUCUACUGUCGGCGGCUGUGUUCAUUUCUGCUUUCUUUUGGCUGCCGCCGUUCCUCUCCGAUGGAGAUUGGCCCGAUCGGGCUCUUGAUUCUGCUUAUAGAGAUCAUGAAAUAGUAGCAAGUUUUCAUGCUUGGAAGCCAGUUUCGUUUCUGCAAAACCAUAUUUUGGAGCUUGAGGAUAAUAUUUUUGGAGAAAUACCUGUACCUUUUGUCAAGGUGGUCAUCCUCUCGCUGCAAUCAUUAGGUGGACUGAACGUAACAAAGAUUGUUUUUGCAGUAGAUCCUGACGCCAAAUAUUCAAAAAUACCCCCAACUUCUCAAAGUUUAAUCAAGGAGAUCUUUGAAACAAUGUUUAUAAAUGAACCACCUCUCACAUUGACUGCAGCAUUAUUUGGCAAUACAUCCUUAUUUGAGGUGUUGAAAUUUCCUGGAGGAAUAACUAUUAUUCCUCCUCAGAGUGCAUUUCUUCUGCAGACAGCACAGAUCUAUUUCAACUUUACGUUAAAUUAUUCUAUUUAUCAAAUUCAAGUGAAUUUCGAUGAUCUUACAAGCCAGCUGAGGUCAGGAUUACAUCUAUCUCUUUAUGAGAAUUUAUAUGUUAGUCUAUCGAAUGCAAGAGGUUCAACAGUGGAUGCCCCCACCAUUAUUCAAUCAUCUGUUCUAAUGGCAAUUGGAACUAAUUCAUCGAAAAAAAGACUAAAACAGCUGGCUCAAACCAUCACAGAUUCCCAUUCAGGAAAUCUUGGCCUGAAUAACACUAUAUUUGGUAAGGUCAAGCAAGUUCGUCUUUCAUCUGUCCUGAACCACUCUCUUAGUGGUGGUGCAAAUGCACGGUCACCUGCACCUUCUCCUCUGCCUCAUUCUCACCACCACCACCAUCACCACCAUCACCACCAUCACCACCAUCAUCACCAUCACCACCAUCACCACCAUCAUGAUGCAUCAUAUUCACCGAGUCCUGGAACAGAGGAGCACGCACAUAUGCCACAUAAUGGGGUGUCGUCUGCUCCUGGAUCUGCCCCAGUGGAAAGUCCCACUCCGAAGAAGAGAAAUGAUGAAGCAACUCCGCCUGCUUGUCAAUAUGGAUAUAAACGGUCUUCAACAGAAGUCAGAAAACGUCAUUUAGGCCCUAUUCAUUCACUAAGCAGUCCUCCAUCAUCGCCAUACUUUCGAGUAGGUCCACCAGCACCUGUUUCUGGCUCAAUUUCUGCUUCAAGUCCACUGUCAGAGGUAGUUUUAUCUAAUGUUCAGCCUCCUGAUAAAGGAAGCAGACACGCCGAAAAUUUUGAAAGAAGAGCCCCCUCAGUUUUACCUUCACAAUUUUCUUCUUCUGUAGGUGUUCGUGUUUAUACAAUUCGAUGGACACUUCUGCUGUUUCUUCUUGUAUGGCAUUGGCAUAUAUAACCAAGGAGAUAAAACCUACAUGCAUAUGUCAGGAUACCAGUAACGACUGGACUCAUCAUUCAUAUAAAAGUUGUGAUAGCGAGACGAACGCGAAGGCGUGCUCCUGCUAGAGUCGAGAUAAUGAUGUUUCCAUGUGUAAAUAUCAGUUAAGCAAGUUGGAAGAUGCAUUUUUCCAGGUCAAAGUCACAGAGGUGGCAGGCCUUUGGUAAGAUGAAGAAUUGGUGUUGUUUUUUUUUUUUGUGUAUUAUUUCUCUUCUUCACAAAAUGUGAGGAAAGAAAUCAGCAAAUGUAUCUGAUUCCAUCUUGAUCUCAACUUCUAUUAUAAAGUCAAUCGAGCAAUUACAAUUU